AUGGAGGAUCCAUCGACGACAUCAUUGCAGUCGCAGUUGCAUCAGAAACGCCAGUAUUCUACGAAUUUCGACUGCUAUAACCAUAAUAUUGUGAAAAGGCGACUGGCAGAACAUGGGAUAGCGAGUCCAAGUUUGAAUGAAGCUGAAGCGAAUGAUAUUGAUACACCAGUUGACCUUAUAUCCCACUCUCAGGAUACAGUGGUAAUUCAGCCUGAUCAUCAUCAAAUAUCUAGCCGGUUGCAUAACGUUGUAUUACCACAGAGUUGCUUUCUGGGCUCUGGCGGGGAGGGUGCCGCUGCCCUUCCUCGUAUUAAAGACCAGGGCCAGCAGGUAACCCUCGAGAACCCAUCUAAAUUAGCGCAGCAGCCCCCUUAUGAGUGCACCCCGCGAUCUCCUUACUACCUGCCUACGACGUCGUCUUCCAAUAUGGAAGCUGCCGCAAAGGCCAUAGAUAGUAGCAGCAUCAAGCAAGUAUCUGGAACAACAUUGCACGAUUCGCGUUUACAAGUACCAUCUAAGUUUUCUCAGUCUCCGUCAUGUGUUACCAGGCUGCAUCGUGCGCUAAGUUCACAUAACUUGUUUCCUGUGGGAAAUGAACAGCAUAGUAUGAUAGAUAAAGGUGUCUCUUGCGGGUACUUUCAGGAGGCUCAGAUACAACGACAGAGUCCAAUGAAAAACUUUGUAUUCACACAGCAGCAGUGCAGCUUUGGUGAGAGCCGAUGCAAUGAUGCAAAUGCCAAUGAUAACAUUGAUAAUAAUGACGAGGGCAACAACAUCACGAGUAACAACAACAAUUCGAACUCCUCAGACACCACCAACAUCAACACCAACAGCAAUACCAGUAGGGAAGGUAAUAAUAACGUGGGUAUUAAUAGUUCUAGCGAAAGCAACGAAGAUGGUGACAAUGGAGACAAUAACCACAAUGUUUCCACUGUGGCUGUGCCGUCCAAACCAUCUAGCCAGACGUUGGUCGAAAAAUUGCAGGAAAUUUACAAAAAUAUUGUGAAGCAGGAAACCGAGCUUCAAGAGAGAUGCUCUCAACUAACAACCUCCCAAACCACCGAUUUAAAGAAUUUAUGGGUCAUCUAUAAACUCAAUGCAGAAUUGAUUGAUAAUUAUUUUACUUUUAUUACCACUGCAUUGUUGCCUACACAGCCCAAAGCAGACCUCUUGAUUGGACAAGAAAUCAUUGAAGUUUAUAGGAUUGAAAGAAGGCUAUGGCUAUAUGGGACGAUAACAUUUUUGGAUGUGUUGAAGAAUUUUUCCAAUUUCAUGGAUCCUGAAGUUUGCUGUCAGUUUAUUGUUUAUGUUUUUAUUUCAAUUUCCAACAUUCUGGGCAAUAUUCCUCCUACGUUUAGCGUGAUAUGGUUGGAAAGGUUAGGUGACCUAUCUCGCAUGGCUAUAGCCUUGUAUCCUUCUGGCUUUAUUGAUUGGAAGCUGAGCGCAGAGCAUUGGUAUCAAGAAGCCUUAAAAUAUAAUUUUGGACAUGGCAAACUGUACUAUCACAUGUCCACCGUCCAGCAAAACACAUUAGCAGCUUUUGUCAAUCUAGGAAAAAGUGUUUUCUGUCGCGACACUUUUAUCCCAUCUCAGCAGUACAUGCAAUUGGUCAUCGAUAAUAUUUAUCAACGUGCUUUUGCUGAACGCAACAGCGGUCAUCACAGAUACAGUCACAUUGUUGAAUACUUAAAACACACAGAGGUGAUGCUACUCCCUAGUUUCUUAGAGAAUGUAGAAUCACAAGGUGUUGUUCUAGCUUUCUUUGAUCAGAAAUUUGGUGCCACUGGAAGCGCUAACUUUUUUGAUCCAAGCUUGAUCUUUGUGCAGGACUGCGAACGGCUGAAGCACUUUUUUCGCCAUGCCUCAUUAUAUGCAGAAUCUCAUAUUCUGCAGUUGGUUGGGUUUGGUGAUCCAAGGAACCCAUUUGCUCUACUGUUCGAGCUUCCCAAGUGUAUAAAGGAACGUAAAGAACGCAAAGAGAAACGAAAGUCUAAGUCAACUGCAUCGAACCAAUCAGAUAUGUCUAUUGACGAUACAUUUCUUGGUGAUCCUGUUCAGUUUUUUGAAACACUCAAUUCGACCAAGACCGCCUACAGAUUCUCACAGGACCUGAAUAUCUGGAAGGAAUCUCUAAAUUACGUGAACAAGACGUCUAUGCGAUGUAGCAUGGUUGUACUACGAAAGUUUUUGAAUAGUUCAUUGCUUACUGCACUUCCUCAUCUUUUACCAUGGGCGUACUUUUUGGUCGCUGUAGGAUUGCGGCUAGACGCAAUACGAAAUGAGGAUUCGAAAAGGUUUUGGAUUGUAUUCAUAAGACAAAUAUUCCCAUGGGAGUCCAUAACAAAUUUUUUGAACGUCUUACUUCUCUACAUAAAUGACCAAAAGCCGACUAAGUUUCCGAUCGACGAAUACAUGGCUAACUAUAUCAACAUGCCUCUGCCAGAACUACUGGAAUAUUUUUGUGAAAACGAGGAUUUGCCUGAAGUAUGGAAUUGUUGGGGCACUUUGUGGUUUGAUGUCAUUAAUAGCAAGCAUGUCUCCAACCUUGUUGAUAUCCAUUCUACUGGUGUCAAGGAUCAUAUGUUUUUGGAUGCUCCUGUUGAUGGAAUUUCUUUUGACCAUAGCGAUGAGUCUGGCGAAAAAUUUUGGAAGCGCUGUGUGCGAGUCAUUCUCCUCUUCCGUGGGAUUGCCUACCAAUUCCCGUUUGGUUUCACAGAGUUCAAUGGCUCUGAUGAUUGGAAGUCCUUGGUGUUUAAAUUCAAUGAGCCACCUGCAGAAUGGAAGGAACAGUAUCUUGGGAGCUUUUCAAAGGAAUAUGGGGAAUUUGAAAGCAUAUCAUUUGUUAACACAGACCUGCAAUCCCCCCCACAUAAGGGUAUGGUACUAGGCACAGACAUUCGCACUCUGCAAGGAUAUAAGCAACUCGUUCCAGAUUACCUGUGCUUCAACAAGAACGGCGACCUUAUUACUGGAUCUCUAUAUACAUCAGGCAUGUCGGAAGGCGGCAGCGGUGUUCCAAACGACUCAGAAGACUUUGGCAGUACCAAAAGACUCUUGGAAAACGAACUUCUUGUUACCAGCGAGAGACGAGACUACAACAACCUCUUGGACAAAGAGGAGACACCAAUUAUAGAUGAAUUCCUCAAAUGGAGGUACAGCAGUACCAAUUCGCGCUGGGAGCAAUGUCUGCCGCGCGGAGAUCUCCAGUAUUUCACAGACACGCAUGUUACCUACUUUGUGCUCGACGCUACCACCUGGCUACGCCAUUUCGGCCAUGUCUACAAGCUAGCCACAAGUAACCUCCUUAAAUUCGCAAUCUGUCUCACCACCUUCCAAGAACUUCGUUUCCUAAGAAAGUCAAAGGACGAAAGCGUCCUCGAAGCAGCCACAAGAGCCGUCAUUACCGUCCGUCAACUCUACUAUGAACGGAAACUUCUCCCACUUCGCUUCACUGGCAACGUGGCAGGUCACCUCGAAGAACACCUAGAAAUCGAAGAACAGAUGACUUGGCGUUCGCAUGUCGAUGAAUUCGUCAUCGAAGCAAUCGACAAAGCCCAAAGCAAGUUCAACCAACUUAACAAGGAUGCAAAGGCCUCUGGCAGAGAAUCCAUCACCACCAUAGACGAUGGCAAAUUCAACUUCAUCGCUCUCGUAACCGAUGACAUAAACAUGAGGAACAAGGCCAGAGCCCAGAGCAUCAGAGCCUUUAGCACCAAAUUCAUGUUUGCCAUCUGCCACGAGAUCGGCCUUUCCAAAAAGGUAUGCACUGACUAA